CGAAUCUGCAUAGAAUAAUACAAACAAUUCACUGUGUUUCUCUUUCUCCUCUUUCAACCUAUAAAUCUUUUGGCUUUUUUGGGUAAUUUGAAGUUAGUUUAAUGAAACCACACCAGCCUCAAGCCGAGGCACCAACCCCGAGUACUUUUGUUUUGGAGGUGAACCAUGUCAAGUCUUGCGCCGAGUGUCAAAAGAAAACAACUAAGGCAUUGAAGAAGUUCCGUGGAGUUGAUUCUGUCAGUUUCGAUGUGGAAGGACGGCUAAAAAUUUCAGGCAAUAUAGAUCAGAAGACAAUUGUGGGGAAGUUUGCAGAAUGGGGCAAAAAAGCAGAGCUUUUGUCAUUCAGAAAGGGCCCUGUUUUAGAAAAUUCUCGGGGAGCCUGUACCCGUUCCAAAAAAUGCACUUCGGAGCCUCUUUCUGAUUCCUCCGACGAAAAUUCCGAUCAUGCGAAUAAAUCCAUGAAAAACAAUUCCCAAGUUCCCAUGGAGAAUUCCCAGUUACCUGAAGAAAAGCAGAGCAUGAAGAAAAAUAGGAACUGUUUUGGUUUUCUCCGAUGUUUGUUUCCCAAGAAAAAUGAAGCGAAAAAGAAGGCUCCGAGUCCAACGACGAAUAAUCCCUUCAAAUGGCGUCGUCCAUGGCCAUACGUGCCUGAAUCAGCAUGUUACUCAACGUACGGGCGUUACCCGCCAGUCCAUGGAAGUGGAAUGGCACCUCCACAUCAUCACUACUCGCAUAUGCGUCCACCGCCACAGCCGCGAGUGCCGAUGGCACCCCCACAUGUGAUGCUCAAUUAUAGGCCUCCGCUGAAAGCUAAUCCCAUGAUCUACUAUAAUAGUCACGCAGACAAUUUAGGAGGUUACAGCUUCAAAAUCACUUCUCUUCUCGUUUACAACACUGGAAAAUCUCCUCCAUUUUGAAAUCACUCCGCCCAAUGUUUUUGCAUGUUUUUGUGUCACAGUGUUCCCUCAGCCAUAUUUAUUUGCUUUUGCACUGCCAUAUUUCUCUAUUCCUCUCUUGGCUGAGUUAAGGGGUUAAAGAGAAAUUUUUACAGCCAAUGAAUUGCAUUGCCACAUAUAUCUAUAAUUAAUCAAGUAUUCCAAAGCAUGUAAGACAUGUUGUGCUGCUUUAGUUACAUCAUAAUUUCUCCUUAUAGUCCUUAUCAAUUGUGCUCCAUUUCUUUUUUUUUUA